AUGCCUUGCACCUCCCUGUCCCAGGAAUCAUUCCAGCUUUUCUUAUUCUCCCCAGAGGAAGGUUUGCUCAACUGUGGCACUGACAAACCUCCAGAGAACAUCUCCGACUGUGUCACAUUGGACAGUGGCAGGUUUUCACCCCAAGCUGAAGCAGAUCUCCUCUACGAUGGGAUGGAAAGUUCCAGUAGCGGCUGGUCUGAUGAGAUUGUGCAGCAUGGAAACAGCUGGGGGUUUCUGCGGAAGUCGUUCUCUUACAUCUCUGCUAUGACAAGCAUUGGGAGCGCUCUCUUUUCUGAUCUGGAACCUCCUUCUUCUCCGGUUUCAUCGCUUUCCACCCGGAUUGGGGUUGCCCGAAGACCUCAGGAGUGGCUCUUCCCUGCUGGGAUGCUGCCAGCAACUUAUGUGUUUAUCUUCUUGCUGCUAGCUGGCUGUUUCUCCAUCAACAUCUUGUAUGGUUCCACAUUCCUUGACCACAUGGCUUUGAUGUGGCUGAUCUCCUCUGCCUUUGCUUUCAUCACAUCUUUCAUCUUUCUGGAGCCACUGAAGGUCGUGAUUGGGACUCUGCAUGCUGCCCUCUUCAGCAAGCCAGUGGAGAGUGAAGCUGAUGGGCUGGUGGAGAAGCCCUUGGUGAAGCAAAUGCCCGAGAGAGUUGGGAAGGUGCGAGUGCCCUGUGGUUACGGGCUGCUGCAGGCCAAGGAGGAGGCCAAGAAAGUACGCGCUCUCAAGAACUUAAUGCGGAACUGCAUCAUUCAUAUGCUCUUCCUUCUGGUGGUGCUGACCAUCAAUUAUCAGAGAUGCUUCCGUGACAACAAUGUCCAUCUCCUGCAUGCUGCUGCCAAACAAGCCAUCUCGGUGACAAAUGACAAAGGACUGAACUUCACUUCUGUGUGCAGCUACUCUGACACAUUGGAAUGGAUAGACACUGUGCUACUGAACUACCUUUACAGCAACCCAACACUGACACUAGUAGGAGUUCCUCAACUCCACCAUCAAAGCUCUACCGCAAGCCUGGUUAUGGAUCCAGGGCUUUCCCAGCCUGGACUUGCAUUUCAGAUGUACCACUUCAAUACUGUCAGCAACACCUGUCCUCUGUGCCACUUGCCUGGGUCUAGAUCAGAGGCGUCUCAGAACAGUCAGACAAAUAGAGAUACAUGCGCUGACCCAACUCAGCAUGAUUCUUUUAGGUUUUGGAUCUGGGGUCAUGCAGGAUUUUACCACACAAAUUCUGGCUGCUCAAGAGAGCUUGGGAACAACUCUGCAAAGGCCCAGAGGAUACUGCACGACCUACAAGGAAGCAACUGGAUCCACAAAAGGAGCAGCAAAGCUGUGCUUGUCGAGUUCACCCAGUACAAUGCUGAUGUAAAUCUGUACGUGGCAGUGAUGCUCCUAUUUGAGUUUCCACCGGCCAGGCCAGCAAUUGCUUCGAUGUCCUUUCUCCCUUUCCCAAUGCUCUACUCUGGUGAUCGUCAGGAGCUUCCCCUUGCUAUGGUGAUCUGCCUGCUUCUCUUCAGUGGAGCUUUCGUGCUACCAGAGCUGUCGUUCACACCCCAGGAAAGGGUGCCUGGCCAAUGGCGGAGCCUCAGUUCCUUCCGGCUGCUCCUGGCCCUUCUUUCUGUAGCUGUGGCUGCCUUGCACUUUGCUUCCAUCUGUUUGGCCAAGGUGCGGCUGAUACAUUACCAGGAGCACCGCCACAGUUUCACCAGCUUCUACGAAGUGGCUGUGCUGGCCCGGGCAGAAGCCGUCCUGUGUGCCCUGCUCCUAACGGUCACCAUGCUGAAGAUUGUACAGCAGCUCCGUUUUGUCCGGAGAUGGUCUGUGUUUGGAAGGACUUUCCAUUGUGCCCUGAAGGAGCUAGUGGCUACCACACUCAUCUUCCUCUUGUUUCUUCUCAUCUGUGCUCAGUGUGGUUGUUUAGCCUUCUCUGCAUCUGUGGAAGAGUUCAGGACACUCCCAUGUGCCUUUUCAGCCCUGCUUUUUGCUCUCUAUGGAAAGAUAGCUUUCUUCCAGUCAUUGUUGGAGGUUUCCCCUAUCCUGGGUACAACAUACAUGCUCAGCUUUGGAGUAGGAGUGUUCUGGAUUGGGCGAAGUUUCCUCUGCGCUUCUGUCCUUUGUAGCUACCGCGCUGUCCAUUCUGAGAUAUACCAUCCAGCUAUUGAGCCUCAGGAUUAUGAAAUGAUUGAAUUUUUGGUGAAACGGUUUAAGCUCUGGAUAGGACUCAGCAAAACUAAAGAGUUUCGACACAAGGUGAAAUUUGAAGGAAUGGAUUCACUGACUUCUCACUCUUCUGGAAACUCCAAACAGUCUCACCUCUGUUCUCCCAGCACCAACUUCCACUGUGCUAGUGCAACUUCCUUCAGCUCUGAAGAGAUAGCGCUUCCUGAGAGCCCUACGCCUGAUCCAUGCAGUGUAGGUUUUUACCUACAGCACCUGCCAUCUGCAGUUAAUGAUCUCCUGGACUGCUUUGACAGGGUCCUAAAACUGACAGAGGAUGUCUGCCACCUUGAGACCAGCCUGGAGCAGACUCAGAGGAGAAUCUCUGAGAACAAGAAGGGGCAAAGAAGCCUUCCCAACGAAAAGGUGGCGUCACUCUCCUCAAGAACCCAGUUAAGGCUGCCACGGACACAUAGCACAUUCUCAGAAUCUGCCUUGGCCAGGCUUAGAGCUCACCGUGUCAGGAUUUCCAGCUGCAGUGCCACUGAAGUCUGUAAGCAGCUCUCAGCACAUGCUGCAUCACAGCAACCAUCAAGGUGCAGGGCUUUGCUGGGCAGUCCUCCAGCUUCAGGAAACUCCUGCCACAGAAUCCCUCCCUGGCCUGGCCUUUGGUUAAAAAAGAGGCCAAAAAGCGAGGAAGGACAGGGAUGCCAGUGUUGUGAUGCACUUCAGAGACAGAUCCCUUUAAAGAGGAGAGCGUGGCAAGGAAUAGGUGACAUGUAGUCAAACUCUGUAUAGGCUAAAUUGAGCACUGAGCUUGUAGCUGCCUCCCCCCGCCCCUGUAAAGCUUCAACAUAAUGCCUGCAACUGUAAAAAUAGUGGCUGGAUUAGACUCAGAUUUCUCCUCGUACAUGCACAAAUGACAUGCCUAACAGAGAAUAUAUAAAUAUGCUAUGGCCUAGUUCUUAAGGGUUCUCUUACAACCAUCCGGCAUUUUCAUACUACUGGGCUGUUUGCAGGUGGAAAAUGGGUGGGAUAUAAAUUAAAAAGGAAAACAUAUGAGGAAGGCUUUAAAAUAUCACUAAUCAACACCUCCAUAUACCUAUAAUUCUUUGUAGGACAACAGCUGUCGCCCUUAGGGAACUUUUCAUGUCUAGCUUAUACAUCAUAAAUGCUGUAUUUACUAUUAACUGGUGCAAGAAGCCAUUUCAUUUAACCCCUGUAUAUUUAACAGCAGUUCUUGGACUGAAAUCUUUGCAUAAAAGUUGUAACAGAAAAUUCCACAAUUGAUGGGAGUUCUGUGCUGAUGCAGCAACAGCAUUUUCCACAAGCUGCGAUCAGGUGAGUAAAUAGGCUAAUGGCACCUGGCAUGCAUAGCCGAUUUAAACAAGCCACUGUGCCUUACAUAAGCCACUAUGUCCUGUUUUAGUCAUGCAAAAUGGGUCUGUGUGUGCAUUUGAGUACAUGC